ACUAAUGGAAAAUGAAUCGCUAUUUUUAGAUCUAUACGCCAUCUCCAUAUUUUCUACUUAAAAUGCUGGAAAAGCAUACGCGUGAAUUAUCUUUCCUUUAUCUAUUUUUGAACGUUACAGCCAAUGCAGGCAGAUUAUUACUCCAUCCUUUGCUAUACUGUAUUGUCUACCGACCGUAUAUACUUUAGCUAGUACAAAAUGGUCGACGUGCCUUCGAUGUAAGAAAUAAUUUUGUGUUACAAUAUUUCGUUAUUUUAUAAAGAACGUAGGCAAAAUAAGAUAUACUCGAUACUAAUGGAUUUGUAAAAACAAUAACAUUUUCGAUUAUUGCGUCAAGAAAUUAAAUAUUUCUUAAAUCAUCGUCAGAGUUAGACAAGGAAAAAAAAAAGAAAAAAAAAAAAGACAUGGAGAAACGGCAGGAGGUACUAGCUCCAUUUUCGUCUGAUGAAUGUCCCAAUAGCGGAGAGGAUAGCGAAGAGGAUGUAAUAACGGACUAUCUUGGCUCAUCGCAUUCCGACUGUGACCGUGUGCCUACUAUUAAUGGAGAUCUUGGUGGCCUGAGUCUACAUGGAAAUAUAGUCACAGAAACUGGUUAUACCGAAGAUAAUACCAAUAAAACAAUCACCAUGUCUGGAGGGAAUUCUGAGCAGCAACAGCAACAUCCGUUGCUUACACUUGGUACUAAUAUUCAAACUCAGCCUAAUCCUCUUGUACCCAUUAUUAGUGUCACACCUCAUUCUCCUGGUUUUGCUAAGAACUAUCCUGUAUUAGAGGACAAUCUGCAGCAUUUGCAUGAAAUUCAUGACUGGAUUCAACGUAUGAGAGACUUGACGAUGAAUACUUUGGGAAACAAUAAUCGUAUGCCCCAUGAUGUACCUCAGAGACUGACCUCUUCGUGUCCUUCCUUAUGUCCAUUGAUACUUAUAGAGGGUGGACAUCGUUCCAAUAAUCAUGAAGCAGGAUCUGAUCCAGAUCUCCUUGUUAACUGUUCAACCAAUAGCUCUCCGACACAUUUUCCAUCUAUGAACUCUCAUGCACAACCUGUACAGGGCAUAGACAGAAGACGAAGUUGGACAGAUUUGGAAGAUACUAGACGUGGCCGACGCAGAUAUUCCGGGCAAAAUCAUCUGCAAGCACAAAAUAUGCGACAACGCAGCAUUAGUUUAAGUAGUCUGGACAGUGAAAUGGAACUAGAACUAGAUGGAAAAUCUUGUAGUGGACCUGUAGGGGUAGGUAAUCGAGCAUGCAGAUCACAAGCAAGUACUCAUUCCUUAAAUGAGGCAGACCUUGUGCAGAGUGAAUAUCAGAAGAUUGUCUUAAAAAGAAAUAGUCAAAGAUUAGGUGAAAGUAGCAGUUUGAUGCCAGGUUUAACUGGUGCACGUUUACCUCUCCAGAAAUCUAUUUCAACCCCUUCCAUCGUUACACCGCCAAUUCAUACGCAUCUCACUGAGUCCGGAACACGAACAACACCUUCUCUAGCAGCAGAAACUGCAUAUGAUGAUCAACAUUCUGAGAAGACCAGAAGAAAGCGUGGAUCUAUUUUCUUCCGUAAGAAAAAGGAUAAAAGUGGGAAAAAAAAUAGUCAACAGCAACAUGCAUGGACCACAAUGACAACUGGAGCACAGGGAAAUCAUCAAUGUGAUGUUUGCAUGAAGCAAUCAACGAGUAAACCAAUUCUUCAUUGUGAAAAUUGCGGAUUAUCGGUACAUCAAAGUCAAGGAUGCAAGGAUCAUUUGGUAUCAGAAUGUACCAAGUCUAAGCAUCAGUCUGUAAAAGCUGUUAUAAAAUCAACAUCGAGUAUUUCUUCGGUUACAAGUAACAAUAGCGUGAAAAGAGGUUCGACGGCAUCGUUACCAUUACCAACAUCAUCUGGAAGUGGAAGGGAAAUUAACAGCAAGAAAACAGUGACAAGCUACAGCCCUUGGCGGCGAGUUGCCACCAAGCUCGGAGUCAAUCAAACAAUUAAUGAGGAAAAGGAUACAGAUGGUAGUGGUUCACAUCGGGAUGCUUCCAGUGGUUGGGAAGAAUUCGAUUUUGGAGAUGAAGCACAUCAGUUUACUGUAGGUGAUCUUGAAGGCUUAGAUCCUGAACUGGGCUUAGGAAAGGAAGAACAUGAUUCAUGGAGUACAGCCAUUGGAAGACACGUAGCAUCACGUCUCGUAGAUCAUUGUGAACGCGAAGUGAAGAGGCAAGAGCAUAUAUAUGAAUUUGUGUUAACAGAGAAACAUCAUUGCUUAGUAUUAUUAGCCAUGGAAAGGAUCUUCGUGGAAGGUUUACGACGUCAUUUCCGUUUGGGACAACCAAAUCUAGAACGAAUGUUUCCAAGAUUACGUGAUCUCAUCGAAAUUCAUUUAAGAUUUCUACAGAAAUUACGUAAACGUCAAAAUGCAAAUUCCGUUGUUCCUACUAUCGCCGACAUACUCGUCGAACAAUUCUCAGGUGAAAAUGCGCAACGUAUGAAAAGUGCAUAUGGAGAAUUUUGUAGUCGUCAUAGAGAAGCCGUUGAAACUUAUAAGUAUUAUUUGCAUCAUGAUACUCGAUUUGAACGUUUUGUACGUCACUGUCAGACAAAUCCUUUGUUGAAGAAGAAGGGUAUUCCAGAAUGUAUAUUGUUCGUUACACAACGUUUAACAAAAUAUCCAUUACUAGUCGAACCACUUAUUAAAACCGGUAUUAUGCAAGAUGAAGGAGAGAGCUUGAGAAAAGCUUUGGGACUAGUGAAAGAAAUUUUAGCUGAUGUAGAUGCGUGCGUGGCAGAUAAAGAAAGGGAAGAUAGAAAAUUAGAGAUUUAUAAUAAGAUCGACGCGAAAUCGUUUGCCACGUACCGUGGUGCCAAGUUCAAAAAAUCGGAUAUAAUGGCAUUUAAUAGAAUUUUAAAAUUCGAAGGCACGGCAUAUUUAAUGCAAGGUCGUGGAAAAACGACUGCCAUCGUCGUAGUAGUUCUUUCCGAUAUAUUAUUCUUCUUAGUUGAAAGAGAUCAAAAAUAUGCUUUCUUAGUUCCGGACAAUAAAGCUGCUAGUGUGGUAUCGUUACAAAAAUUAUUGGUACGAGAAAAAGCUGGCCAAGAAUCUAGGGGUAUAUACUUGAUAAGUAGCAAUCCGGCGGAACCUGAAAUGUUUGAGUUAAAAGUUCAAAAGCCUAAGGACAAACAAUUCUGGAUUCAAGCAAUACGUUCGGCGGUUGAGGCUUGUCCUCAAGAACCUGAAAAUGAUACGGACGUUCUUAUGGAUGGCAAUAGUAAUAAUGAAUUAAGGGAUACACGUUCAUCCUCCAUAUCGAUGCUUUCCGUCGAAGAAAGGCAAAAAAUGAUUAAAGCUAAGGAAUCGCACAUAUUUAGAAUUGUCGGCGAAUUACGAAAGAAGGACGCGGAACAGGCGUUGCUGUUCGAAGAAAAAAUUAAUUUACAAGUACGACUUCUACGUGCAUCUAAUAUUUGGAAUGAAAAUGAUAGUGAUUAUGAAAAAACGGAUAAAGUGGAAAAAGAAAUUCGCGAUUAUACACGUCUUGUUCAAAUGGAGGCGACGGAUACCACUCAACUAUGGCAAGAGGUUGUUGUCGCUGUACAGGAAGCCACACGAUUGGCCAGUUCAUUAUCAUUUAGUACUGGUGGUGCAACACUUUCUAGAAGUUUAAGUUCAGCGGGCGAACGCCAUAGCGAAGCUUACGUUCCACCAGCUCUUUGCGUUCCUAGACGAGCAGAAACAUUUGCUGGUUUCGAUAAUAACAAAGAAAGAUAUCCUGUACGUGAAUCAGCGGCGAUGAAUGUAGGAUCAUCUCUCCCAAAAGUUGGUGAAUUUUCGAAAGAAAGUCCCGAGGACAAAGAAAGUUCAGAAUUGGACGCGAACAAAGAUCAACAAUGGACUGCGAUACGUUUAUCCCAUCACGUUUAUACUUUGCUUUGUAUAAUCAGUAAUCAAAUGACGACAAUCGAUAGUCUACAAGCGCAAUUAGCUGCAUGCAAGGAGGGAAGUAUGGGAAAAUCAUCGAAUAACAGGCCGAAUCCAAAUCGUCAAUUGGAGGAGUUAAGAAAUUUGCAGGAUCAGCUUAGCAGGGAAAAGGCAGCGUUUCGUGCUGCUUCUCAGCAAGAAAAAAAUCAAUUGGAAGAGGAACGUGCAGAAUUGGCAAGGCAGAGAGAACAAUUGGCUGCAGAACAAAGGGACGUUACUCAACAGCGAGAUCAAUUGUAUCGUCGAUUGGAGGCGUUGGAACGUCAAGGUUUAAAGGCAGGCUCUACUACGGGUCCAACGACAAUUCAUUUGUCACACGUAACACAGGCUACAGAAAUUGUACAACCACGGAAGUCUCAAGCAGACGCUAAGAGAAUACCUAUGAAUUUAAUCAGCGCUACCAAUCAGCAGAAAGUACAAAGUAAUGUUCCUGUGAAGCAACAACUCCCAUUGAAGCUCGCAAGUGGAAGUAAUAACAAUAGCAGGAGCGGAAGUACUGCGAGCCACUAUAGUCCGGAUCGGCAUACUAGAACAGGAAGUAGCCCUGCUAUCGUAACCGGAUCUACGUUCUCUUCUCCUGAACUCGGCAAUAGUCAUGGUAAUAGUGGCACCACGAGUCAAAUACAUUCCUCUAAUCGAUCUCUUCGAAAUACACGAUCUCCUCCUGAAUCGUAUCAACAACAACAUCAACGAGCGGAACAGCAACAACCUUUGGAGGAGGAGGUGAUCUUUUUCUGACGACUCUUUCGAUUCGGACGAAAACAUUCGCGUAAUACACGUCCAAAUACCGAUGGAGCUACUCCGACGUCUGUACAAACACCUCCGCAAUCUAGAUCAAGAGAUAGUCAGACUAGAAGCCGGGUUAAGUCCUUUUGACUUUCAACUUUCAGUCGAUAAUAAGACUGAUCGUUAUUUCUACUUUCAUUCUUUUCCUCUUACCCUUUUUCAUUCUUUUACUCUUUCUCUCUCUCUCUCUCUCUCUCUCUCUCUCUCUCUACCUAUCUACCUAUCUAUCUGUCUAUCAAUCUAUCUAUCUUUCUCUAUUAGCUUCUC